AUGAGAAAGCGCCAGGAACCCAAGAGGUACUAUGGCUAUGUGCAAUCGAAGACUGCACUAAGACAAUUGGUAGGCACUCUGGAGAACCCCGGAGGUGGGCUGUUGGUCUCAGAUUACGAAAAUUGUGAGACACUCAGGAGGUAUUUCGAAACCGUCUAUAAAAUGGAAGAUGGGCGUGUGGUCCCUCGAGGGCUUUUAGACACCCCUCCAGUGGAUGAUGUGGAAGACUCAGUUAGCAGCGUUCUCGAUGUCAUGGAGGGCUUGAAUGUAAACAAGUCCGCUGGCAGUGACGGGCUACACCCGACCAUCAUCAAACUACCAGCUUCUCUGCUCGCCCUUGCGAUAAGCGCACUCUACCAGGAGUCCCUAAAGGCUGGGAAAGUACCCAAACAUUGGGCGACUGCCACAGUGGUAUCCGUUCAAAAGAGCGGAGAUAGGCAGCAACCUGGUAACUGCCGACCCGUAAGUUUGACCAGCGUGCUGUGUGAGGGCUUAGAAACCAUUGUUAGGAAUGCUCUCUGUGAGCACGUCACUCGACACAGACGAAAAUACAAAGAGGGUAGAUGGAGAUCAGAAAGUCGAGGUGUGCUACCUGGACAUCCGGAAAGCUUUCGACUCGGGAAAUCACCGCUUAGUGACUCGAUGGUUGCUGAUGUUCGUCAGAACCUGUCACUAAUCUUUGCUCACGUUCGUUUUGAAUAUCUGUCCCAAGAGGAAGCAGAAUCAAAGAUUGUGUUUGUGGAAAACGAUAUUCUGAAUCUUACGAAUGUUGCGUCUAUGUAA